CUCAAGAUUGCUACAGUGAUUCCUAACAAUGAGGCAUAUCUACUUACUCUCAGCUGUGUCUUUCCUCCUGCAUAUCAGUGGCUAUGUUUGUGUGGAAAUAAUUGGAGGCAAGGAGGCUGUUCGUCACUCUAGACCUUACAUGGUUUUUCUGAAGCAUGGAGAAAGAGCAUGUGGAGGGGCCCUUAUUAAAGCCAACUGGGUGAUAACUGCUGCUCAUUGUACCUUACCUACCCGGGCCGGAGCACCAUGCCCGCGGCGCACCAUCCCGCCCAUGACGUCACACCCGACUCCUCCCACUGAUCGCGGCGCCUCCUCAAGAACACAGCUGGAGAAAAAUGCCACGUUAAAUAAGUUUGUGACAAUCCUGCCACUACCAAAUCAAGAAGAGAAUGUGAAGCCCAAAGCCCAGUGCAGCACUGCAGGGUGGGGGGUCACUGAUGUGAAAAGCAACAAAGAUUCAGAUGUCCUUCGUGAGGUCAAUCUGACCAUUGUAGACAAUAAAGUCUGCAACAAAGCUUACAGCAAGGCUAAGCCAAAAGUGAUAAUAACCAGCAGUAUGAUAUGCGCAGGACCACUUAAAAAGCGUAAAGAUGACACUUGCCAGGGUGACGCCGGUGGGCCAUUGAUCUGCGACAAAAAGUUCACAGCCAUUGUCUCAUUUGGGCCUAAGAAAUGUGGAAAUCCCAAAUUCCCUGGAGUGUACACUCGGCUGACAAACAAGUAUCUGACCUGGGUCAGAGAUGCCAUUGGAGGAGCUACAUUCUAA